AUGGGUAUCUCCCGCGACUCCCGCCACAAGCGCUCCGCCUCUGGUGCCAAGCGUGCCUUCUACCGGAAGAAGCGCGCUUUCGAGGCUGGCCGACAGGAAGCCAACACCCGAAUUGGCCCUAAGCGAAUCCACUCCGUUCGCACUCGCGGCGGCAACCACAAGUACCGUGCCCUACGUCUCGACUCUGGCAACUUCGCCUGGGCUUCCGAGGGCUGCACCCGCAAGACCCGUGUUAUCGUCGUCGCCUACCACCCUUCCAACAACGAGCUGGUCCGAACCAACACCCUAACCAAGUCUGCCGUUGUCCAAAUUGAUGCCGCUCCCUUCCGACAAUGGUACGAGUCCCACUACGGCCAGCCCCUCGGUCGCCGACGUCAGCAAAAGUCCGGCAAGGAGGAGGAAGUCGUUAAGAAGAGCAACUCGGUCGAGAAGAAGCAGGCUGCUCGAUUCGCCGCCCGAGGCAAGGUUGAGAGCCCCCUAGAGAAGCAGUUCGAGGCUGGUCGUUUGUUCGCCGUCAUUGCCAGCCGACCUGGCCAGAGCGGUCGCUGCGACGGAUAUAUCCUCGAGGGCGAGGAGUUGGCUUUCUACCAGCGUAAGCUACACAAGUAG